UCCUUUAAGUAAAAUUAUUUUACAAAAAAAUGAUCAUGAGAUCUCUACAUUUUACUUCAAUAUUAAACAAAGCAAUAUCAAAGAUAUAUAGAGAUUUAUUUACUCUAAUCAUGGAUAUUUCAGUUCAUUUCAUAGCGUUUUCACAUAAAAAUGGGGUAUAUUUAAAGAACAAAAUGGAGAUAUUCUUAUCAUUCUAACCUGAUUAGAAAAUAUAUAAAUACAAUGGUUUAUACUUCAUGCAAUGUUUCUUGGAAAUUUAAUGGUAAUUUCGUUACCGUUAAGCACUAACUAAAUGUGUCUCUUCCUCUAUAAAAACUAAAUAGUUUCAUAACUCCUUUCGGCUACACUGCAAACUCAAAAAAGUCCAUAUAUAAAAAAAAAAAAAAAAAAAAGAAUUAAAGAUGAACAGAAUCAUGAAAAAGCUAUCGUGCUUUAAGACAAAAGUUAAAUCAUUGCGACUACUCGAAUCCAGGUCAUCACUGUCUUCUUCCUCUUUCACUCCUCAGAAAUACGACGUCUUUCUAAGCUUCAGGGGCCCAGAUACUCGCAAGAACUUCGUCAGUUUUCUCUACAAGGAGUUAGUGGCGAAAGAGAUCCGAACUUUCAAAGACGACAAGGAGUUGGAGAGAGGCCGUCUGAUCUCACCGGAGCUUCUACAAGCCAUCGAAGGGUCAGAAAUCGCCGUCGUGGUUGUCUCUAAGACUUACUCAGCUUCCAACUGGUGUCUUGAAGAGCUUGUCAAGAUCUUGAAACUCGAGAAGAAGGGUUUGAUCAAAGUGCUGCCUAUUUUCUACGAGGUUGAUCCUUCUCACGUGAGGUGGCAGAGAGAAGAAGUCGCGAAACAGUUCAAGAAACACGAGAAGAGACAGAGCAGAGAGAAGGUCAAAUCUUGGAGGGAUGCGUUGAAUUAUUUGGCUGAGCUCUCUGGUGAAUGUUCAAAGAACUGGGAAGAUGACUCGAAGCUGGUCGAUGGAAUCACAGAAAGAGUAUCAAAGAUGUUGUUCUCCGUAAAACCAAGAAAUGGUAAUAACCUAAUUGGUAUCGAUGAACACAUGAAUGAAUUGUAUCCACGGUUAGAUUUAAGCUCAAAGGAAGGUGUGCGAGUCAUUGGGAUAUGGGGAAGAGGAAGCAUGGGAAGAUCAGCACUUGCAAGACACGUUUACGAGAGCAUCUCUCAUAACUUUGAAGCUCACUGUUUCCUCGAAGACGUGAGAAAGAUCUCACAACAUUGCCGCAAAUCUCAUCUACAAGAAGAGCUUCUUUCCAAGAUGCAAGGGGAAGGGUUGAGCACAAAGAGCUCUCAUAGGUGUCUUAAAGCGAUCAAAGCAAGGCUCAGGAACAAGAAGGUUCUGCUUGUGGCUAACGACGUGGACAAGAUCGAACAGUUAGAAUCCCUUGGUGAGGAGUUUAGCUGGUUUGGUCAUGGGAGCAGAGUCGUCAUAGCCACACAAGAUAGGCAAUUGCUUAGUUCAUGGGGUGUGAAGAGUGUCUAUGAAGUUGAGCUCUUGAAAUGCUACGAAGUUCGAAAGCUCUUUAGGUCAGAAGCAUUCAAGCAGAGAGAGGUGGAUCCUAUUGGUUUGGAGCAGUGUACAUAUCAUCCACACAUGAAUUUUCUUGGUAUUAAUUUCAUUUUGAAAUGUUUGGUGGCUUUGUUUUUAAUUGUUGUUCAUACUAUUGUUUAGGUACAUGAAUAUUGAAUUGAUGUGUUUGUUUGUUCUUAAAUUGACUUUUAGUCUUAAUGAUAAUAGUAAAGCUAUUCUUUUGAAUAUUGUUUUACCGGUGUAUGUAAAUAUUGUUCUUUUUGUAAGGAAUAAAGAAUACACCAUUUUUUUUUGUUUA